ACAGAUAUUAAUCAUCUUUCUGAAGUACAAUCUCCAUGGCCUGAACUUUUUUUGAAAAUCAUUUUGAGCAAAGCAUUUGUUUAAUAACAAGAUAACCACAUCAAGAUGGUUGGAAAACUGAAGCAGAAUUUACUAUUGGCGUGCCUGGUGAUCAGUUCUGUGACAGUAUUUUACUUGGGCCAGCAUGCCAUGGAAUGCCACCACUGAAUAGAGGAACGUAGCCAGCUAGCCAAAUUGGAGAGCACAAAAGCCACCGUGCGAACUAGCCUGGACUCUAAAGCCAAUAAAACCUUUGCCUAUCACAAAGAUAUGCCUUUGAUAUUCAUUGGCGGUGUGCCUCGGAGUGGGACCACACUCAUGAGGGCCAUGCUGGACGCACACCCUGACAUUGGCUGUGGAGAGGAGACCAGGGUCAUUCCUCGGAUCGUGGCCCUGAAGCAGAUGUGGUCGCGGUCCAGUAAAGAGAAAAUCCGCUUGGAUGAGGCUGGUGUCACUGAUGAAGUGCUGGACUCUGCCAUGCAAGCCUUCUUACUAGAAAUCAUCGUGAAGCAUGGGGAGCCAGCCCCGUACUUAUGUAACAAAGAUCCCUUUGCCCUGAAAUCCUUAACUUACCUUGCCAGAUUGUUCCCCAAUGCCAAAUUUCUCCUGAUGGUUCGAGAUGGCCCGGCAUCAGUGCAUUCAAUGAUUUCUCGGAAAGUUACUAUAGCUGGGUUUGACCUGAACAGCUACAGGGACUGUUUGGCCAAGUGGAAUCGUGCCAUAGAGACGAUGUACAACCAGUGCAUGGAGGUCGGUUACAAAAAGUGCAUGUUGGUCCACUACGAGCAGCUCGUCCUCCAUCCUGAGCAGUGGAUGAGGACCCUGUUGAAGUUUCUCCACGUCCCAUGGAACUACUCAGUGCUGCACCAUGAGGAGAUGAUCGGGAAGGCUGGGGGAGUGUCGCUGUCAAAAGUGGAGAGAUCUACAGACCAAGUCAUCAAGCCAGUCAAUGUGGGAGCUCUGUCAAAAUGGGUGGGGAAGAUCCCUCCAGAUGUCUUACAAGAUGUGGCAGCGAUUGCACCCAUGCUUGCCAAAUUGGGGUAUGACCCUUACGCCAACCCACCCAACUACAGGAAGCCGGACCCCUGGAUCCUCGAGAACACCAGAAGGGUCUACAAAGGAGAAUUCCAGCUACCUGACUUUCUGAAGGAAAAACCCCAGACGGAGCCUAUGGAGUAGCAGGGCCUGGAACCUCCUUCACACCUUGAGGUGAGGGUUGGGCUUCACUCCUGGGUUCUGGGGUGUCCCCCUGGGCUGUUGCAGAAGGCCACAUCACCAAGUGGAGAGCACAGCUUUGGAGUCAGGUGCCUGGGUUGGAAUCCUUCCUUGGUCACUUGUGUGGCAUUGAGCAAAUUACUUAACCUCACUGUGUCCUAGUUUUUUCAUCUGUAAAACAAAGGGCUGAAGAUACAGCUCAGUGGUAAGAGUGCUUGCCCAGCAUGCAUGAGGCCUUGGGUUCAAUCCCAGCACCACCAAAAAAACAAAGAGUGCCACCUGUAAGA